AUGAUGUUCCCGCAGUGCGUGAUAUGCGUCAACUCGAAGGCGACGAUGCAGACUUGGCCGUGCGGCCACCAGGUUGUGUGCCGCAAGUGUCUGGUGCGCACCAUCCAGAUGGCCGUGUCCCGGCGGUCUUUGCCGUUGCGGUGUGUCGUGUGCCGGGCGCGGGUGUUGCGGCUUAAGAGAUCGUCGGAGGUGUCUGGCAGUGGCGGCGGCGGCGGUCAUAACGCCGCGGCCGGCUCCGCGACCGAGUCGAAGACGGGCGCCGCGAGCCGAUCGCACAGCCUGCCGAUCAAACUGCGGCGACGGCACGCAGCCGGCACCGUAGCCGUUCGGUCCCGGUCGAUGGGCACCGGCAAACCGGGCCGUCUGCGGCGGUCGGCGGUCGGCGGUGGCGUAAACGUAAGCGGACUACGGCGGCGCGAUUACGACGGUGCAGCCGCCGGUUGGGCGGAUCCGUUCGCCACCGAUGUAGACGACGACGUGGACGCCGACGUGGACGACGAUGACGAUGACGACGACCAAGACAGCGACGAUGACGACGAAGACGACGCGGACGACCGACACCGCCAAUCGACGACCAUCAAAUACAGGUUGGCCUGCGAUUGUUUACAAACUAUUUCAUUUAUUUAUUUUCGUGGAUAUCUAAAAGAGGAGCUUUAGUCAAAUUCAUAAAAACGGAAAAAAAAUUACGAAAAUUAUGGACCAAACUACAUAAACGAACUGAUUGUUCGUAUCUUAAAAAGAUAAACUCGAAAAAUUGACUUAAGCCCUUCGGCCCAGAAACCAACGAUAUAAUAAUCGAUGGUAAUAUUUAUAAUAACAAACAUGUUUACGAAUCGCAGUUAAUAUAAUUUCGAAUUAUGUUUUUAUCGUUAAUAAUAAUUAAUCUUGUAUACCACACUACCAUUAUUUAAGGGGUACGGUAUAGGCAGUUUUAACGACACUCAGACAAAAAUCGCGUAUUUUGUCGAUUCGAAAAUAUUUAAAUUAACACUUUCGCGUAAAUGUAAAAAUGUAAGAGAUAAUAAAUUAUCCUUGAAUAUACAUAUUUUAAAAUUCAUCUUUACACAAUACUAUUUAUUAAUACUAAAUUUGUGUUAUUUGUUUCUGUUUUCUAUACGCGCACAGCAAACUGGACUCGGCCGACCGGAGACACGACAAUCAAUCGAAAAACGGUCUGCGGAGGGUACUGAACAAAUUCAAAUUCUGGCGGUUUUUACGUUUCAAAAACAACAAGCCAUAGUUUAUCAAAUACGGACAUGUAGAGAACGUCAUUGUUUCGACUAA